AUGGCGAGCAAGCAGGGCGACGAUCGACCUGCUUCUCUUCCUGCCCACCCCGAACCUCCGUCGCGUUUUACCUCGAGCGCGACUGGAGAGGAGAUGUCUGGUACAGUUCGCCAGUCGAGACUGACAGGCCAAAGUAGAAACUAUGGUACGAUAGAGUCUUCUGAAAGGGGACCUCUGGAGUCGCAGACGGCAGAUGUCCAACCCGACAGCUCUAGUCGCGUCCUUCCACCCUCGUCCCCAUCCAUAGGACCCUUGCAGCUUGAUAAAGACAGACCGAGAAAGCCAUCGGUAACACGUCGCAUGUCAUCCAAACGUCAAUUUCCCCAUAAAGGACAGGAAUUUUCCACCGAUGAUGAUGUGCUAGAAGUGGAGGAGGAUAUUGCCUUGCAGCAGGCAGCCAUCCCUCAGCCCUCCCCGAGAAUACGGCCUCAACGGCAACCAAGCUCGACUCUGCGUCGAAAACUCAAUUCCCGAAUCAAUCCUUUUGUGCCUUCCGACAAUGAAGAUGAUGACGAUUCAGCCCUCCCAGAAUCGAGCUUUGGAGCGAUGAUAGACUCCCCCCCCGAAGAGCUUGAGGAAGACAACGAAAACGGCAGUGGGCAGGGAAGUGGGGAUGAUGAUGAUGAUGAUGAUGAUGGCAACGACGACGACGACGACGACGACGAUGACGACGAUGGCAAUGUUAGUGAUGCUGAGAGCUUUACACUCAAGGAUCGCCAACAAGCCAUCAAUGAAACCCACCCGUUCGGAAUAAGGCUCUGGAAACCCGCCUUGUACAAGAAGAGUCGCUCGGUGGAGAAGACUGCAGAGGGCGAUAUCCACUCAUCUCCUGGAGGUCGAGUUGGUAACCUGCUAUUCCUGACAAAUCUGCUGUGGACAGUCUUCUUCGGAUGGUGGCUUGCAAUCGCGGCUCUAAUGGGCGCCGUCGCCUGUUUUCUUUUCUCCUUCUCUCCUAGUGCAGUUGAAUAUGGAAAAGCCUUCGCCGGCCUCUCAUGGUAUCUAUUUUAUCCCUUCGGAUCCUUUGUCCGCCUCGAUACAGAUGAGAUCUAUGCAGAGGAAGAUGAGGGAGAGGGCCGGAGUAUUAGCGAGUACGAGCAAUGGCAAAACGGCGAUCUGGAGCACGGCGGGUUGUUCUUUGGGCCCCGUCGAGACCGGUCCCUUGUUGGAAGAAGAAGGAAUAGUGUCGACUCGGCUGGCGAGCAAGAUAGCCUGCUGGGCCGAGCACCAAGAGGACGUUCUCAAGACAGCCUCCUCGGCCAUCCCAAACGGCGUUUAUUCGGCCGUGGUCAGUGGACGUUUGGUCGAGUGGUAUUCUUCGUUUUUUUCUAUUUCCUCGUCGGACCGUUGAUGCUCUUCGUAUCGCUUCUCUGUUGGCUUCUUGUCUUUUGGAUUCCGAUGGGACGUGUGACACUUAUCCUCUUUGACCACCUCCGCCGGCACCCUCUAGCUCUUUCGUACCACUCCGACACCACAUAUACCCGGAUCACCCCUGGAUCUUCUGCAUCAAUCCUUGUCUGUACUUACCGCGCAGCCGGCUUGAGAUACUGGAAGUACACUAUAGGUGGAACGAAUAUCUUUUUCAUCAACCUACUUAUGGUAGUCUUAUUCACGGUAUUUGACUACUUCCUUUUGAGUAAGACUCUACGUAUUGAGAGUUGGAUUACUCACCCGGGCUUCCUAUUCACACUCGCUCUUAUUUCAAUUAUCCCUCUCGCAUACUUCAUUGGACAGGCCGUUGCCUCGAUUUCUGCACAGUCAUCAAUGGGUAUGGGUGCCGCUGUAAACGCAUUCUUCUCGACCAUUGUUGAAGUUUAUCUCUACUGCGUUGCUUUGACUGAGGGUAAGGGCCAGCUUGUCGAAGGUAGUGUCAUUGGUAGCAUCUUUGCCGGUAUUUUGUUCCUACCUGGAUUAUCCAUGUGCUUCGGGGCCAUCAAGCGCAAAACACAGCGCUUCAAUGUCAAAUCCGCCGGAGUGACAUCGACAAUGUUAUUGUUUGCCGUGAUUGCUGCGUUCGGCCCUACGCUCUUCUAUCAGAUAUAUGGCAGUCAUGAACUCAACUGCCAUUCAUGUCAUAGCUCCGCAGAACCUGGCAGUAGCGAUUGCCGUCGCUGUUAUUUUGCCCAAGUACCAGCUGUAAACGAUAGCUUCUUCCGGAAAGCCGUGCAGCCAUACUCGUGGUUCGCAGCUGUGUUCCUGUUUUUGUCCUACGUCAUUGGGCUCUGGUUUACUCUUCGAACUCAUGCGGCUCUCAUUUGGGCUACGGAAGCGGAGGAAAAGAAAGCAGCAGCCCUUGUACACGAUCAGAGCACAGAUGACCCGAGAAAUGCUUUUUGUGGUACCGGUCCUUCUGUAUCUGCCACCGGAAGCUCUAUGCCGAGGAACUCCAUCCGUGAUUCGCAGUUAUACAAGCGAAUUCUUGGGCAAUCGCUCAAGGACGUGGGAUUGGCCGACAACACGAGUGAAUACGCUUCGGAUCAACCUGAAUCCAGCUCCGCCCAGGACAAGAACCCAUCGCCUUAUCUUGUACCACCACGAAAAGAUGGAGAUGACGGUCAACCAGGCUUCGCAGAGUUUCCUGGGCUCUCCAGUAAACAGAAUGAGAACUUCGUGCGGAAGGUCACCGAAGUCGCUGCCACUGCUGCCACUGUUGCGGCCCGGGAUGUUGCUCGACCUCGCAAAUUACCCGCAUCUCAUGGAGGUCCGCGCCAGGGAGGCAAAGGUGCCGCCCCCAAUGAUAUGAUCAAAACCGCCCUUGAAGAUCACGACGAUAUCGGUCUAGAGCCAAGCCAGAGUAGCGGCGGGCACGACGCACCCAACUGGAGUAAAACCCGGAGUUCGGUCAUUCUUCUCGUAGCCACAGUGUUCUACGCGAUCAUUGCCGAGAUCCUUGUGAAUACUGUUGAUGUGGUCUUGGAUAGUGUCGAUAUUGACGAGAAAUUCUUGGGUAUCACACUAUUUGCCCUUGUUCCCAAUACCACGGAAUUCCUAAACGCUAUUUCCUUUGCAAUGAACGGCAAUAUCGCCCUGUCUAUGGAGAUCGGAUCCGCAUACGCCCUGCAAGUUUGCCUUCUCCAAAUCCCCGCCCUGGUUUUCUUCAGCGCCAUCUACGAGCGUAUCUUUGAGCCAGCAGACCUAAUAACCCACUCGUUCAACCUCAUAUUCCCCCAAUGGGAUAUGAUCACGGUUAUCUUGUGUGUUUUCCUCCUUUCGAAUGUCUAUGGGGAAGGUAAAAGCAAUUACUUUAAGGGGUCUAUCCUCGUCCUCACCUAUCUUGUCGUUGUGAUUGGAUUCUACCUCUCCGGUUACAGUAACCUGGAUACAAUGGGAAUCGACCGCUUCGAUACCCUUGCUCUGGGAUCCAGCCAAUCCGAGAAGUUUUAUACGAUUGGGAGAUCGACGAGCGGUGCUGCUUAUUGA